AUGGCCACCGCCGCCGGCCGGCUGCUCCCCUUGCUCCUGCUGCUGCAUGCGUUGCUCGUCGUCGCCGCGGCUGCAGUCUCCGGUGUGACGUACGACCACCGCUCCCUCAUCAUCUCGGGCCGCCGGCGCCUUCUCAUCUCCACCUCCAUCCACUACCCGCGCAGCGUGCCCGCGAUGUGGCCCAAGCUGGUGGCGGAGGCCAAGGACGGCGGCGCCGACUGCAUCGAGACCUACGUCUUCUGGAACGGCCACGAGACCGCCCCCGGCAAGUUCGCGAGGGUCGUCAAGGACGCCGGGCUCUUCCUGAUUCUGCGCAUCGGCCCCUUCGUCGCCGGCGAGUGGAACUUCGGGUCCGAUUCUUUCCCUUACAUAUUUACUGUCAUUUUGUUUCUCUGGUGUACCUGUCAACCUUUUUUGGAGGAUUUUAGGGGCUUGCCGGUGUGGCUGCAUUACAUUCCGGGGACGGUGUUCCGGACGAACAACGAGCCAUUCAAGUCUCACAUGAAGAGCUUCACGACGAAAAUCGUGGACAUGAUGAAGAAGGAGCGGUUCUUCGCCUCCCAGGGCGGGCACAUCAUCCUAGCUCAGAUUGAAAAUGAGUAUGAAGGUACCGAACAAGCAUACGGGGCUGGCGGCAAGGCAUACGCAGCGUGGGCGGCUAGUAUGGCUCUGGCUCAGAACACGGGCGUCCCUUGGAUCAUGUGCCAGCAGUCCGACGCCCCUGAUCAUGUGAUAAACACCUGCAAUUCAUUCUAUUGCGAUCAAUUCACGCCAAAUUCGCCAACCAAGCCAAAAAUUUGGACAGAGAAUUGGCCAGGAUGGUUCCAGAAUUUUGGUGAAGCUAAUCCCCACAGACCCCCUGAGGAUGUCGCAUUUUCUGUUGCGCGUUUCUUUGGAAAAGGUGGCACCGUUCAGAAUUACUAUGUGUACCAUGGUGGAACAAACUUUGGCCGCACUACUGGAGGGCCGUUCAUUACUACUAGCUAUGACUAUGAUGCACCAAUUGAUGAAUAUGGCCUUAGGAGGCUUCCAAAAUGGGCACAUCUGAGGGAGCUUCACAAAUCCAUAAAAUUGUGUGAACAUAGUCUGCUUUACGGUAACUCAACAUCAUUUUCUCUUGGGCCUCAACAAGAGGCCGAUGUUUACACCGAUCACUCGGGAGGAUGUGUUGCAUUCCUGUCUAACAUUGACUCAGAAAAGGACAAAGUUGUCACUUUUAGGAAGAGAAAAUAUGAUCUUCCCGCCUGGUCAGUUAGCAUCCUACCUGACUGCAAGAGUGUGGUUUACAAUACUGCGAAGGUUCGAUCUCAAACUUCGAUAGUCGACAUGGCUCCGGAAACUUUGCAAUCAUCGAAACCUGAGCAGUGGAGCAUUUUCACGGAGAAAAUUGGUAUUUGGGAUAAAAAUGACUUCAUACGAAAUGGAUUUGUGGACCAUAUUAAUACGACAAAAGACUCUACUGACUACCUGUGGCACACAACAAGUUUUAAGGUAGACACAAGUUACCCGGCAAGUGGGAAGCAUCCAAUUCUUAAUAUCGACUCCAAAGGCCAUGGUGUUCAUGCUUUCCUGAAUGAUAUGCUUGUAGGUAGUGCAUUUGGUAAUGGCUCAAAAUCAAGUUUCAGUGUGCAAAUGCCCAUCAACUUGAAGACUGGGAAGAAUGAAAUUGCACUAUUGAGUAUGACUGUUGGAUUGCAAAAUGCAGGAGCCCGUUAUGAAUGGGUAGGAGCAGGCCUUACAACUGUGAACAUCUCUGGAAUGGAAAAUGGAACCAUAGACUUAUCUUCAAAUAAUUGGGCAUACAAGAUUGGGUUGGAAGGCGAACGCUACAGUUUGUUCAAACCUGAUCAAGGGAAUAACCAAAGGUGGAGGCAACAAUCUGAGCCACCAAAGGAUCAACCUUUGACAUGGUACAAGGUAAAUGUUGAUGUUCCACAAGGAGAUGAUCCAAUUGGGUUAGACAUGCAGUCUAUGGGGAAAGGUCUGGCGUGGUUGAAUGGAAAUGCCAUAGGGAGGUACUGGCUUAGGACUAGUUCUUCUGAUGAUAGGUGCACUCCCAACUGCAACUAUAGAGGGCAAUUUUCCCCAAACAACUGCAGGACUGGAUGUGGGAAGCCAACUCAACGAUGGUACCAUGUCCCAAGGUCAUGGUUUCACCCAUCGGAGAACACCCUCGUGGUUUUUGAGGAGCAGGGUGGGGAUCCAACAAAGAUCACAUUCUCAAGAAGAGUUGCAACAAGUGUUUGCUCCUUUGUAUCGGAGAACUAUCCUUCUAUUGCUGACAUGGAAACCUGGGAUAAAAAUAUGUCAGACGACGGAGUUGCAUCCGAAGCACAAUUGUCUUGCCCCAAGGGCAAAAUUAUCUCUUCAGUUAACUUUGCGAGCUUCGGAGACCCUAGUGGAACUUGCAGAUCCUACCAACAAGGAAGCUGCCACCACCCAGACUCUCUAUCUGUUGUUAAGAAGGCCUGUCUGAACAACAAUGGUUGCACAAUUUCACUAGCAGACAGGGGAUUCGGAAAAGAUUUAUGCCCCGGAGUCAUCAAAACACUUGCGAUUGAAGUGGACUGCUCUUAG